CUAGGAGCUUGCUUGGUAGUUCCUUUUGUAAAUUAUUGGUGGCAAGCAACUCCAUCAGCUUUAGCAAAAAGGUCAUUUGAGCAGCUUCCUAAAUCUUUUCAACUUACAUUUGGAAUUGCACAUCACACACCAUGGUUAUACUACUGGUGGACCAAACAAAAAUGGUUCCCUUCAAUGUUAGAUGAAGGGAUGUUUACUGAUUCAGAUUUAGAGUUAUUCAUGGGGGUCAUGAACACCCUCGACAAUCGACCGGAAAAAAGAAGACAACAAGGUGAACAUGAAAGUGUUCAUCGAGAUCUACUUGUAUCAUUUGGAAAUUGGGAUUUUGAUCCAAUCGAAUUGACAAAUCCACUCACUCAUUGUAAUAAUAAUAAGAGCUGUGUUCAAAUGUGGCAAGGUAGUGCAGAUCGUGUUGUCCCGAUCGAAUUGAAUCGUUUUGUAGCAAGAAAACUUCCAUGGAUUGAGUAUCAUGAGAUUCCCAAUGCUGGCCAUAUGUUAUUUCAUGAUCAUCGAAGCUUAGAGGCCAUCAUGAGAGCUCUUCUACCUUCAUAACUUUAACAAUAUACAAGUUAAAUAAUGCAUAUAUUUUGUAUCAAGGAACUUUGUAUAACUUUGUAUCGAGGAACCCUUUA